GCCACUUCAUGCGCAAACGCACUGCUGCCUCCUUCUUGCUGAGCGCUUGACAAUCCGAGUGAGAUUCACAAAAGCUUCAGUCUUCUGAUCAUGGCCAAAAACCUACCGCCUGAUGAUCCCAACUUAAUCGCCAUGAUCGUGGAUCAUCUGAAGAGCCGCGGCUUAUUCGACGAAUUCCGGAGAGACUGUCUAGCUGAUGUCGACACCAAGCCAGCCUAUCAGAAUCUCAGGCAGAGAGUUGAUAAUUUUGUGUCCAAUCAUUUGGCUAACCAUGAGUGGAAUCCAAGCCUUAACAAAAAUCAGCUGCGUAAUGAACUUCGACAGAGGGUCUGUAAAUCAGGCAUGUUGGAAUCGGGCGUGGACAGAAUUAUUUCUCAGGUCGUGGAUCCAAAACUGUAUCACAUAUUCAAACCACAGAUAGAAAAGGCAGUCCAUGAAUUUAUGGCUACAGAAAUGAAAGAGGAAGUUGUGCCGAAUCUACCUGCAGAGCCUGAGAAACAGGAGCUCCCUGCUCCAGCUUCAGGUACACCCUGAGGCAACACUUCAAAUGCCCUAGCGCCAGCAUAACGAUGACUGGCUGACUUUUUUUUUACCUUCAGCAGUGUCUUCUUCAGCUGUAGUUGCACGAUCAGUCGAGAAUAAAUUUUACUCUGGGGCAAAGAUACUUAUCUAGAAUAAACUAAGUUGAACGCUGUCUACUGUUUACAGCAGCAUUGCUGCAUCGUUAUGUUAAAUCGAGGAAGUGAUGGUAACUAGGCACUGAAGAAAAAAUGGAAUUUGAUGUAUCUCAAUUACAGACAGAAUUUGGGGACUUUUGAAGAUUGAAUAUGAACAGAUGCUGAGGCGCUUUGGGCAACAUUUCAAACUUUGAAGAAUAUUAAGAUGAUCAGAAUAAAUGAAGAAAAUGUUUUAUUAUAACUGGACAAAUUAUGACUUCCAUUGAAGGAGGAUGUAUAUUGAGGAGAUGAGAUUUUUUUUUUUAUUUCCAAUUUUAUAUUUCAUGAAAGAUAGCAACCAACCUGCCCAAAAGGUAAUUCCUUUUUCUAAAAGGUAAAUAUAGUAUGCGGUUUAACCCUUUCAAGACUGCAGUAGCUUUUCUUGCCUCAAAAUACUGUGUUUAAUCUUUUGGAGUUCUGAGAAUGCUGCAAGUAAAAUCAAUCUCUAUUCUGUGUUUUCUUGUCAUGUUUAAAACAUUCAGCAUUCAAUUAUUUGUGGGACAUUAGAUUGUCGACCCUGUAUGCCAGAAAUUUGAUCAGCUGCAUAAAUCAGUACUGAAAGGGUUAAAUCGGUUUCUGAGAAACCUUUCUCUAAAAUGCUACUUUAGAAAUUUUGUAUUCAAAACUUCUGUUUGUUCUAAAGGAUUUAUACAGCUGAAUUUAUAACUUUUCUCUUGUUACGAUUAAACCAGGUCUUUGUACUCUAAUUAGUCAGCCACAUGUUUUGUCCAGUUUUACAAUUGCAGUUUUGUUCUGUCUCAUACGUUCUCAGAAAAGCCUUAUUUCAGGGAACAAGAAUUGCUACCUUAAUACACUGACUGCUAGAUUUUUCUUUCCCUUUUUAGUGUUGAAAAGCCAAAUAUUGCAUAACUUCAGGAAAGUUAGAUAUAAUAGGGACUUAAUUGUUGCAUAAUUUGAUGCUACUAAAAUGUCACUUGCAUACAAGCUAUCUGAUGGUCUAGAAGCAGUGCUGGAUAUUUCUCCAUAUUUUGUUCUGUGUUGGCAGAGGUGCUACCUCCUAAUUACCAGCUAUGUGUGUGAGCAAUCUGAAUUCUCUGUGUGGCUGAGCUUGAUUUCUAAACAAGAAAAUCCUGCCUAAUGAAUUUGUUCACUUUGUUUCUAUGUUAACUUUUUUUAAAAACUGCACAAGUCCCUCCCAAUGCAGAUCAGUUUUCAGUACUGCAUUUGUGAUGCAAAAUGGCUUUGUGUAUACAUCAAUACAAAACAGGCAAUAAAAUUCUAUAAUCGGGUCAAUGGUUUGAAUGCAACUACAGCUAGGCGAGAAGUGAUGGACUCGAUCCAUGAAAUAAUCUUGGACUAGGGCUUUGCACAGUGCAGUGAAACAAAGUGCUUGUGCACAGCUCCAUGGCUGAGAUAUGGGAGAUAGGACAGUAUCACACGCAGCCAUUUUUAUAUUGGCAGUUAGCUCCAAUUCUGAGCCUGCAUUUGAGUCAACCCCCUGUAUUUACAGUGCUAAAUUCAGAUCCCUUAUCCUAGUGAUGGGCAGUAGAUAUUUCUUUUUGGACCUACAAUUCUGGCAGCAGGAUAAGGCAGUUCGAAGAUUUCAGAUUUAGUCUCUGGUCUAUGCUAACUUGGGGAAUCUUCAGCAGGAUGGGACACUGCAGCUGGCUUCAGAGCCCCUGAUUUAAAAAAGUUCCUGCUGCUGAUUGUAAGGGCUGCUGUACAUAAAUUUGUGGACAUUGGAUGAGGGCAGGUUCAGGCUCAACAGUGAUGCUCUCUGCAGCCUCAUUGGUCCAGAUCUAUUCAAGCUGUUUGGUUUCAUGGUAACUGGUUUUCCUAUACCAAUAUGAACUGCCUUAAAGUGAACUGGGGAUGGAGGAAGGUAUAACUUAGGGCAAAUUAAAAGUUUAUGGCUUGUGCAUUUUUUUGAAAAAACUAACUUUUUGAUUUGAUUUCUUUUUCAGGAUAGUUCUGAAGACUAAUCUUGAAAGCUUCCCUAGACAGUUUUUCUUCCCCACCCCCCCCACUCCCUUUCACAGGUAAUGAAAUGUAUCCUGUUUUACACAUUUACUGGAUGAUUCUGCAUUUUUAUUUUACAAUAAUAUCUGGGUUCUUGAGAAAAUAUUGAUCUGCAAGGCGGUUGGAAUGACAGUACCUCAUGGCUAUUGCACCCAUUCAGUCCUGAUUAUUGGUUUGAAUUUCAAAGAGAAUAAUCAAGCAUCACGUUUCAUCAUUUUGUACAGUGCUUUCCUGAAAUGACACAGAAGAAUUUCUGGCAGUAUGGGCCAGGGAUUUGAACCUCCUGAAGUUUAAGAUUCAGAUUUUUGCCUUAGUUCUGGAUUUCUGCUUUUGGUUUCAAUAAAAUUCAGGUGACUAAAAUCUGAAACCAAAGUUUGGACCAUUAGAAAUGUGCAAUAAUUCAGUAUUGAGCAUCAAAGGCAAAAACCUGAAUGCUUGCCCCCUGUUGUGCCAAGUGGCAAGACCUGGCUGAGUACUAAGUUAUGCAGGAGCACGCUCGACUCCAUGGUCAAGUACCUUACAAGCUCUUGGCUUUGUGGGCUUGACUGUGCGAAAUGGUGCCUUGAGCAAUCGGUUCUUUCAGGAAAAAGGGAAGAAAAUUGGCAAAUUAAUGAAAAAGGAUUAGUGGUUACGGUUGAACUAGCAGGUAUAGUUUUGGCCACUAGCAUAAAGCUUGGGGAGAGCCCCAAUAUAUGUUGUUACAUUCUGGGCAUUUAUUUUCUCUUGUAACCACUCCAUAUUUUAUCAACCGUAUCAGUUCAGGAGUUAAGUUUGUAAUUUUUCAGACACAUCUCAAGAUAAUUUCUCCUUCUGCUGGAAUAUUUAAUGUGAAGUAAAAUAUGGGAGAGUAAAAUCCCAAAAUGCUCAGGGUUUUUAAUUUUUUUGUGUAUUUAUUUUGUGUGGCCAAUUUGUCAUUUGAACCAUUUAUGUUGCUGUCAAGAUCCUUGAAGACAGGCUAUUUACCUCCUUGAAUACCAAAUGGGUUAAAUGUCUAUUGAAAAGGGUCACUCUUUGCCAGGUAUCAAAUUAGAAACCUUUAGUGCUUCCAAUAUUUUUGCACAACUCCCAAAUUUUAGUUGAAUCACUGGAUCAUCAAGGCUGUGCUUUCAGAGAACUCUGCUCAAAGUAGAUCACCUUUAAAUUACUGAAAGCCAUAAAUGUCUUUUUAUCUAGACUGAGAGUCAACAGGGUACCAUUUAUAAAAGUAACAAAUGAUGUAGAAUUGCUGGUUCUGUGAACUAGUUGCAAGGCUGGUCCCUUGCAAAUGCAUGGCUACACAUCUUUAGUGUUGUAAAAGGUGCACAGCAGCACCCAUUGUACUGGCAUUCAGUAUCUAGGGUUAAAUUUGUGGUAGAAUCCAAAAUUGAGUUGCUCACUAGGUGUGGUUGACCUAUAUGAUGAUUUUUAUUGUGACUAAAUGUAUAAGCUGGCUCCUAGAUGCCUUGAAUAUCUUAACCUUGGUGUAAUAGUUUAUCUCAGUUAUUUUUCUAAAUUAGAUUCUAACAUUGCAAGGGCCAUGUUUCUGGGUUAAGUUCACUUAAAUUUGAGUAUGCCACACCUAAUCCAAUUCCAGAUUCACUGGUUCCAACAAGUAGUCAAUUUCAGUGGUUCCUGUUUUGGCGAUUAUGAAUUAAUUGUUCUGCACUGUUGGAAGUUAGACACGUUUUUUUUUACUUUAUCUUUACCUGCUUUACUCUUCCAUUAAAGUUCAAGAUAUUCUUUCCUAAUCUUGUGGUUUAACUAAAGUAAUUAAAAAUGAUCUUGUGCUCUGAAGUAGAAGACUUGCAAAAUUAAUUUCUACUGUUUUUUGAGUUUUAAAGAAAGGAUUUGAAGCUGAAUCAGAGAAAUUUAAUUUCAUGAGUUGUGUAAAAGAUAUCUAAGUGUGAUUUUUGGAAUAAUGUUAUACUUAAAGUGCAAAUGCAACUUUUGGGUAAGUUCAAUAAAAUUGAACAUUGUAAAUGUUUCCUUUCCACCAAAAUAAAAGUUUACUACAAGUUA